UAAAGUAACGUAGCACAAAGGAAAUAUUAAAAUAUUACUCCAAAAUAAUUCUGUGUUUAUAUAAUUACUGACCUUCGGCUUGCGAACGAUUGCUCCAAGGUUAAAAACACAGAUGAUAAAACGCCUAUAUCAUUCGACGAGUGUUCAGUUGAACUGUUCCUCUUGAAUUGAAACGAGCUUCGGAAGAAUUAAGUUUUUUUAAAAUGAAAUUUAAGAAUAUUUUUAUAACUGGCGCCAAUAGAGGUAUUGGCUAUGAAUUUGCUCGGCAAUUCGUAUCCAGCAGUGAUCCACCACAAGUUAUUUUUGCCACCUAUCGGAGUGCCAAUUCGCUGCAGGAACUGAAAGACUUACAAGAGGCAUCCAAGAAAACUAAAGUUGUCUUAAUUAAAAUGGAUGUCACUGAUCCAGAAGAAAUAGAAGUUGCUAGACAAAUCGUUGAAACAAACGUUGGGGAAGAAGGCCUUGAUCUACUCAUCAAUAAUGCUGGCAUUUGUGAAGUUACUCCCUACGACGGAAUCACCGUUGAAAGCUUGGAAAAACAUUUCAAAACAAAUGCUGUAGCUCCUUUAUUGAUUACAAAGGCAUUGACUCCGCUACUGGAAAAAGCAGCUGUUCAACAAAAUGGUUAUAAAGCGGCAGUUCUCAAUAUUUCUGCAGCUCUUGGAAGCAUGGGAUUGACGGGAACUAUUCCCUUUGAAGUCAAUGUCUCUACCUACAAGAUAAGCAAGGCUGCUUUCAAUAUGGCGAUGAGAGUUAGUUCUUUGCCCUUAAAGGAGAAAGGUAUUCUCAUAGUGAUUAUGUGUCCUGGCUGGGUCAAGACAGACAUGGGCAACAGAGAUAUGGCAGAAUUAACGCCAGAAGAAAGCAUUUCAGCCAUGAUCAAAACAAUUGAAAGUGUGACUGAAAAGGAUCACGGAACUUUUGUUGACAGAUUUGGAAAAACAAUACCGUUUUAAAAAAAAUCAUCAUCUGUAACUGAAAAUAAUUUAAUUGAUGUCAUUUGAAGGCAAAUUGACAUAAAGAGAGUAAAUUUUUCUGUUUCGAAUAGUACUCCUGAUAAUAAAAUAUUUCGGAUGCCUUUA